CUCAAGACUCGGAGGAUACUCUCGGACAACGCUUGCUGGGUAUCGAAUCAUUAAGGAUUGUUGAGAAGUGGUUACAACGCGAUCCAAACUCCGCAUCUAAGCGAAACUCCGUCAUCCCGUCGCCGUCUAAUGCACAAGCAAUAGCCUCCAUUCACACAUCACCAACCGUGUCUGCCCCAACCAGAGGCAUCGGAUCUACUACCUCUCCAGAUACUCGACGAGGGCUGACACUCAUGACAACCAAUCUGGACACAAGCGAACGCAAUGAAUUGAGAAGCUCCCCUGCGGAGCCUAUUCCCUCAAACCCAUCCACACCAGUGCGCACACCGAAAAAGCGACCGGGUGAGCCGCUGGACUCACCUGUAUCCAGUAAAAGGGCGAGGAGGGAUGGUGCAUGCAGAAAGACUUGCCUUGAACGGGACCGGUCUUGUAUCCUAACCGCGGCACCUGCAGAUAUCUGCGACGUGGCUCACUUGUAUCCCUUUUCGUUGCGUGAUGAAGAGACCGCAUCAACUGGAUUGUUCUGGUCUACUCUUCGGAGCUUCUGGUCCGAAGAAAGAGUGAAUCAGUGGCACAAGGCGGUAUUCUCUGAUGUGAGAGGUACAGAGAAGCCGGAGAACUUGGUCCUUCUAAACCCACUAGCGCAUCGCCUCCACUCCAAGGCACUAUUUGCCUUGGAACCAUGCGGGGUCAACGAGGAGAAGACCGAGCUGAAAGUUAAGUUCUGGUGGCUGAAGCCGUCGAGGUCGGAGGGACCUACCAUUCUUUACGAGAUUCCGGAACUCCCGGCCAACUACGAUCCUGAGUCGGGAGGCAUAUGCCUCUACAAUCCAUCGAACCACCAAACCAUCAAGUCUGGGGACUGCAUUGUAGUGAAGACACUAGAUCCGGUGCUAUUUCCUCUACCUGAUACCAGGAUCCUGGAGAUGCAAUGGCUUCUCCAGCGGCUUGCCGCACUUAGCGGAGCCGCAGAGCCUGGGGAGUUGGAUGACAACGACAAUGACGACGAUGAGGGUAUGGAUGACUUUGGUUUCCAGCUCAUGUCAGCUCUGCAAUCCUCAAGCUUGGCACACCGAUCUGAAUCUUCCCCUCCAUCGUCGUUGAGCGAUGGAUCAGUGUCCACGGUGAAGCACGGCUCGCAAGUCCCGGCCACCGCAGCCGAUACAGAGACCGACAACCUUGCUUAUGAUGACUCCUAGGUAUGGAUACUGAACCGGCCUGUUCCUGACACUGACUUCCUUUUCCGUGGCCCUAAAUUGACAUGAUUUACCCAAACUUACUAAGCUAUCUGCAUUCUUUCUUCCCUUGAAUCGUGC